AUGAGAGACAUUGAGCAUACAUCUGGUGGAGUGUUUGUAAGAUGGGGACGAAAGGAUUGUCCUUCUGAUAACAACACAGAAUUGGUUUACUCUGGAUUUGGUGGUGGAUCUUGGUAUGACCAUAUUGGCGUUGCAGCUGAGUUUGUUUGUCUACCACGCGAUCCUAACCUGACUACAAAAUUUACAACCUCCAAUGCAUUCAUGUAUGGCACAGAAUACGACUCCACUGACUUUGGUCAUCAAAAUGGGGAUGACUUGCCUUGUGUUGUUUGUAGAAGGAAGACACAAUCCAGCGUGUUGAUGAUUCCAGGAAAGAACAGCUGCUACUCUGGGUGGACUGAACAAUAUCAUGGAUACUUAGCAGCAGGAAACGCCAGUUUUGCAGCUGCUUCACAAUACAUAUGUCUGGAUGAACACCCGGAUGUUCUAACAGCAGGAGAACGGAAUGAUAAUGGAAAAUCUUUCUACCCUGUGAAAUCUGUGUGUGGAGAACUGGCAUGCACUCCAUACCACAACAAUAUGUAUCUAACAUGUGUUGUGUGCACAAAAUAA